CCUGUAACGAAUGCUCCUCCGCAUGGCUGACGUGCUGGAUCUGCGUUCUCUCCCGAGUAGGCAAAUGGCGGUCCCCAGGGUCCAAAUGGCUUCCAUAGGCCAGCUCUGUCACCAGGGUCCUCGGUUUAGUGAGCCCUGGCUGCAGAGCCACCACCUGGUGCCUCGUACCCCGCACGCCGUGUCUCGCACACCAAGAGUGAUCAACACGUCACCCCCAAUGGCCCUCACGUCACCCAUUGCGAUGGGCAGUCUCAGCUUCGCAACACCAACGGCCAGUAGGGCCAAGACGGGGACGACAGAUUUCCAAGAAACUCCCGGAAGUGAACCAAGGGUGAAUGUUAUGAAGAGACGUCUGGUUGACCAGCCGGUUGAAGAGCUGACGAGUCACGGGUGCCCCCUGCUGUGCAUUGUGACAACUGCUCCUUCACACCUGGUCCCCCAUCCUUCCAGCGGGAGGCGGCUUCCUGGAAACGUCCCCCAGCCUCGCCAUCCCACCUGCUCAGGUCAGAGCUCCCCUGGGAGUGGCGGCUUCACGGUCUCCUUCGGGGUUUGCGGUCACUUUGAGAAGCCCGGGGGCGUCUGCAGCCACACAACCAUGCGGAGACGCCAUGCCUGA